CCCCUAAUGAGGCCUGUGUGCCGCAGAAACCAAGCGCCUAAAAUGGCACCGACUGUGCGGCCUUAACAGAAUAGCCGCUGCCGUUUCACCGCGCUGCGUUCCACUCUGAUCCUCGUCGUCCACAUCCAGCAGCAGAAGAGGAAGGUAGGAGGGGCGGCUGGACUUAAAUAGCCCCUUACGCUGCACGUCGUGCUGACGUCACGGGCGCGACGCACGACAUUGCCCCAUUAACAGAUGGGGGCAGUGUCUUCACCCCCACCUGCAAUCAUGCCCGGCUCGUCAGCUGCACGGCGAGCGGAGCUUCGUAAACAAUAAAAACUAGCACGUCAAUUUAAAAAACUGAAAUAUAAUUUAAAACUGAGAACCUCAGACUGUGAAACACAAGGUGCUUUAAAGCAGAUAUCCUAUCAACAACUGUGUACAAUCCAGUUCCUCUGUAGAUUUCUGAAUCAUAUUGCGUAGGCUCCAGCCCACCAACAAACACGAUUCUGAAAGAGACCAAAGGGAUAAAUAAAGAGAAGGACCGCGUUUCUCCGGAACGGCGCUGAUCGGAUGCCUUUUGUAGCCGGAGUUUUUAGAUGAGCACAGAGCACACCCCAAGAUGGCGGCAUACUUGCUACGCUGCCUCUGGCGAUCGCCGGUGCGGAACCUCCUCUCUUCAGAAGCCCUUCGGAACUCGCCGCGUCCAACCAUCCCCUGUGCUAGCACUGUCUCCGGUUGUGAAUUCCGGAGUGAAUACAGCUUGGACAAGUUCUAUCCGUCGCAACAGAAAGAACCCGACAUAACAAAGGAUUUGGAAAACCAGACUACUCCUGAUAUUCCUGUAGACCGUUUGUCUAUAUCCUAUUGCCGAAGUAGUGGCCCAGGAGGCCAGAAUGUUAAUAAAGUGAAUACCAAGGCAGAAGUCCGAUUCCAUUUGGCAUCGGCAGACUGGAUCUCGGAAGAUGCACGGCAGAAAAUGGCAGUGAUGCACAAAAAUAGGAUCACUAAAUCUGGGGAGCUUAUAGUCACCUCUGAAGUAAGUCGCUACCAGAUGAGGAAUUUGGCAAACUGCUUGCAAAAAAUCAGAGACCUGAUUGCAGAAGCCACUGAGACACCUCAAGUUCAAUCCAAAGAGGACGCAGAGAUGAUCAGAAACAGGGUGGAGAAAAUGAACCGUGAACGCCUCCGCCAAAAAAACAUUCGCUCGUCUAUAAAGCAAAGUAGGCAUGUGGAUUUUGACUGAACACACCAGAGAAAAAGAGCAUUCGGGAAUACAUUCCUUGGACUCUUUCUGUUAUUUGGAUUUGAAAAAGAGUAAAAAACAUAAACCAUAAAA